CCUCAGGUGUGCUGGGGCCCAUUGCUUCCUGUCACACAUGCUGGCAUGAGGCGGCCCUGCUUCUGCUUUCCGAAAAACGCAUUUCCGCCAUGGAGAAAGAGGAGUUCCCGCCCUCAUGUAUCUUACUCACAGCCAGGCUGCUCGCAGGAUUGCAUCACAGCCCUGUGUUGGCUUUCACAAUGUCUGUCCUUUCAGGCUUCCUCUCUCUUGGGGUGGUCAGUCUGAUUGUGACGUCACUUCUUGUUAAUGGGCUGGAGAGGAAUACAAAACAGAUGAAAGAUCUCCACUUGGAUGGCAGGCAAGAACGUCGACGUCGACAAACCAGCUGUGGCAUCGAUCAAUUCAAGGAAAAUGACUUGUGCUGCCAAAAGUGCCCUGCAGGUUCGUAUGUGAAGACGAGAUGCACAAACUCUUCUGGAACUGCCCAUUGUGCCGAGUGCCAGCCCGGCACCUACAUCGCUCAUGCAAAUGGGCUAGCAGAGUGCUUCAAAUGUAGUUCCUGUGACCGUUCACUUUCACAGGUGGAGAAGAAGAAGUGUACUACCUCAAGUGACACAGUCUGUGGCUGCCCGCCAAACUACACCAUCAUGAACCACAGUGUGAUACAGACUUGUAAACGCUGCACUGUCUGCAAGAACAUGGAAACGUUCCAGCCCUGUACAGAAAUACAGGACACCGUUUGCAAGCUGUGCCCCCCUGGAUAUUUUGCCAUUAAUGGUACAUGCCAGCGUUGUCCACAGUACUGCAAGAUUGUACCUCAUGAAAACUGCACAUCUUGUAAUGUGCAAUCCAACCCUCUUGGACAGAUCUUUCUUAUUUUGGCCCCUCUUCUGCUUGGUGUCAUUUUCUUGAUGUGCUGCUACCUGAAGUUCAAGGAGAAGUUAAAGUGUCUUCAAGGUACCAAUAAAAAGAGAACCAUCCCCAAACCACUGCUUCUGCCCAUUCGGCCUGACUGUCUGCUUAAUACCAGCAGAGAGAACAAAGUGACCUGCGUGAAUGUUACAGGGACAGACGUCACACCAAAGAACCAUAGAAAGCCCAGCACACUGAAUGCUCCCCCUCCUCAGUACAGCACUGAUGGCCACCCUGGACCACUGCAGCAGGGAUCCUUGCUCUACGCCAUCAUUGAUGCUGUCCCCAUCAGGCGAUGGAAGGAGUUUAUGCGCACACUGCCACUACCAGACCAUGAAAUCGAACGGGCAGAGAUGGAGGCAGGAACCAGCUUUCGUGACCAGCAGUAUGAAAUGCUCAAGUGCUGGUUUCAGAAGAGUGAGGCUCACAUUUCCAAUGUCUACAAGGCACUGGAGAACAUGGACCUUCCCAGCAGUGCUGAACGUCUGCAGGAGAAAGUGGAGCAGCACUGGCCUGGCCUGGACAGUACCUGGUGCCCUGUGGUCUAGCCUCUGGCCAGGGUUCUUAUUUUCAGCUAUGUUUUGCUGAAUUAAUAGCUGUGUCCACAGCUUUGUAGACAUUUCAUGUCAGACUCCAGUUGGAAUUGUAUUCAGAGAAUUUCUGAGCUGAUUUUUUUAUAAGCAGAUGACUACAGAUGGUUAAAUUGAAUAAAAGUCAAAAGAUACCUAU